AUGGGCAGUAAUCGUGCAAUUGAUUUUGAUAGUUUCAGCCCUUUCGUGAAGAAAGAGAAUUGUUGCAAAAUUUGCGAAACCACAUUUGGACCGAUGGAAUCGAUCUUCUGCAAUGCCGACGAUACGGAGAUGCUGGACAAAAUCUACCGAAGCACCCGUGUGGAGGUCACCCCGGUCUGUGGUUUAAUUUCUCCAAUCUGUGCCCCGUGCAACCGUCGGAUCGAAGCGUUCGACGUGAACGCUCCACCCAAGGUGGUAGAGUUUGUGAUCAAAACGGAACUAGACCCCGAACCGCUCGAAAGCGAUCCACUGAAUGUGUCCGAUCCGAUAGAACUCGCCGCGGAUGAAGAGCAAGAUUGCUUGGCCAUAGAAGAAGAUGUGCCCGUUCGCAGGCGAGUCAGCAGAGUACGGCGUGAUAAAACGGGCCGCAGAGCACGGCAAUCCAUCUGCAGGGGCCGUGGCCAAAGAAAAGCCAGCACGUCACGUGCUAGAGCUCGUCGCGCUACGUCUUCCAGCGCAUCAGGAUCGGAUUCACGGGAUUCGGACUCGUCUGCGUCAAACGAUUCGAUCGAAUCGGCGGAUCAGAACGAUGCAUCGAGCGAAGAAGCGGAGGAAUUGCCACUGAAGGACAGUGAACCAUCGUCGGUCUCGGAAGCCGAGUUACCCAGCGCAGAGUCGGCGACCACGAGCGAUAGUUCGGAUGAAGCUCUGGAGGAGGUCGAAAGUGACGCGAAGCAACGUACGGCCACGCCGUCAGCGGGGCGCGGUCGACGGAAGCCGGCGGGCCGUACGAGGCAACCAAAGAAGGCGGCCAUUCCGGAGCAGUGCGUGGUGUGCGGGAAGACGGUAGCUUAUAUGAGAGAGCACAUGCGCCUUCACCGCAUCGAACAGCAGCACCCGUGUCCGCACUGUGAUCGGACGUUCGUGCAGGUCAACAACCUAAAGUACCACAUCCGGAAGCAUCUCGGCGAAAAGCCGUACGCCUGCCAGCAGUGCGAGAAAACGUUCUACUGUGAGGCGCACCUGAAGUCUCACCUGCGCGUCCACGGGCCGCAGGGCCUCUUUCAGUGCGAGCUGUGCCCGAAAAGCUUCAACCAGGAGUGCAAUCUGAAGAAACAUUUGCGUGUCCACACGGGCGAAAAGCCGUACACGUGCGAGACGUGCGGUAAACGUUUCAACAGUACCUCUAACCUGCGGAAUCACCUGCGGUUACACUCGGACGAGCGACCGCUACGGUGCGAUCACUGUGCCAAGUGCUUCGUAGACGUGCACCAUCUACAGAGGCACAUCCGAAUGGUCACGGGCCAACAACCGUACAUUUGUCACGUCUGCAUGAGUGCUUACUACUGCCAGCAGGGGCUAAUGGAUCACCUGAAGACGCACAUCGAGAAGAAAAACUACAAACUGGACUAGUGGCUAGCACCGGGCGACGAUAUUUUUAAACAGAUUUUAAUGAACGAAGCAUACAAAUGACGUAUACAAAUCAAGCCAAGCUAGAAAGAUUUUACUGUAUGCGACUGAGGGUUAAUUUUAAUCGGCCACGCGCCUAACGUUUUAAAUAAAGGACUAAAUCACACGCAGCGCGGAUAGCACUGAUGACUACUAG